CGCGGGGGCGCUGAGCGCGGGCGGGCGGGCGGGCGCGGCCGGAGCAGCCAUGGACUGCAGCCUGGCGCGGACGCUCGUGCGCAGAUACUGUGCUGGAGAAGAGAACUGGGUGGACAGUCGGACCAUCUACGUGGGGCACAAGGAGCCCCCGCCUGGUGCUGAGGCAUACAUCCUGCAGAGGCACCCCGACAACAGAAUAGUCUCUUCCAAGUACACGUUUUGGAACUUCAUACCCAAGAACUUGUUUGAACAAUUCAGAAGAAUAGCCAACUUUUAUUUUCUUAUCAUAUUUCUGGUGCAGUUGAUUAUCGACACCCCCACGAGUCCAGUAACCAGCGGGCUCCCGCUGUUCUUUGUCAUCACCGUCACCGCCAUCAAACAGGGCUAUGAGGACUGGCUUCGCCACAAGGCAGACAAUGCCAUGAACCAGUGCCCUGUGCAUUUCAUCCAGCAUGGAAAGCUAGUCCGGAAGCAGAGCCGAAAGCUGAGGGUUGGAGACAUCGUCAUGGUCAAGGAGGACGAGACCUUCCCCUGUGACCUGAUUUUCCUCUCCAGCAGCCGCGGAGAUGGGACCUGCCAUGUGACAACCGCCAGCUUAGACGGAGAAUCCAGUCACAAAACUCACUACGCCGUUCAAGAUACUAAGGGGUUUCAUACAGAAGAGGAUAUAGAUGGCUUGCACGCCACGAUUGAGUGUGAGCAGCCCCAGCCUGACCUGUAUAAGUUUGUCGGCCGCAUCAACGUCUACAAUGACCGGAACGACCCCGUGGUGAGGCCGCUGGGGUCAGAGAACUUGCUUCUCAGAGGAGCCACGCUGAAGAACACCGAGAAGAUCUUCGGUGUUGCUAUUUACACAGGCAUGGAAACCAAGAUGGCAUUAAAUUAUCAAUCAAAAUCCCAGAAACGAUCUGCUGUAGAAAAAUCCAUGAACGUGUUCCUCAUUGUGUACCUCUGCAUUCUGAUUAGUAAAGCGCUGAUAAACACUGUCCUGAAGUACGUAUGGCAGAGCGAACCAUUCCGAGAUGAGCCAUGGUAUAAUCAGAAAACCGAGUCAGAAAGACAGAGGAACCUGUUCCUCAGGGCUUUCACAGACUUCCUGGCCUUCAUGGUCCUCUUCAACUACAUCAUCCCCGUGUCCAUGUACGUCACGGUGGAGAUGCAGAAGUUCCUGGGCUCGUAUUUUAUCACCUGGGAUGAAGAAAUGUUUGACGAGGACACGGGGGAAGGACCUCUGGUCAACACAUCAGAUUUAAAUGAAGAAUUAGGACAGGUGGAGUACAUCUUCACAGACAAAACUGGCACACUCACGGAGAACAACAUGGAGUUCAAGGAGUGCUGCAUCGAAGGCCAUGUGUAUGUGCCGCACGCCAUUUGCAAUGGGCAGGUGCUCCCCGGCGCCUCUGGCAUCGACAUGAUUGACUCCUCCCCAGGCACCAGUGCCAGGGAGCAGGAAGAGCUGUUUUUCCGGGCCCUGUGUCUGUGCCACACCAUCCAGGUGAAGGACGACGAUGACGUGGAUGGACCCAGGAAGUCUCCUGACUCAGGGAAGUCCUGUACUUACAUCUCGUCCUCUCCUGAUGAGGUGGCCCUCGUUGAAGGUAUCCAGAGACUUGGUUUCACGUAUCUGAGACUGAAAGACAACUACAUGGAAAUCCUAAAUAGAGAGAACGACGUGGAAAGGUUUGAAUUGCUGGAAAUUUUGAGUUUUGACUCAGUAAGAAGGAGAAUGAGUGUGAUUGUAAAAUCUGCUACAGGAGAAAUCUAUCUGUUCUGCAAAGGAGCAGAUUCUUCGAUAUUUCCCCGAGUGAUAGAAGGCAAAGUGGACCAGAUCCGGGCCAGAGUGGAGCGCAACGCGGUGGAGGGGCUUCGAACCUUGUGUGUUGCCUACAAAAGGCUCAAUCCGGAAGAAUAUGAAGGCAUUUGUACGCUGCUGCAGGCUGCCAAAGUGGCACUUCAAGAUCGAGAAAAGAAGCUAGCAGAGGCCUAUGAACAAAUAGAGAAAGACCUUGUUCUGCUGGGUGCCACGGCUGUCGAGGACAGGCUCCAGGAGAAAGCUGCUGACACCAUAGAAGCUCUGCAGAAGGCUGGGAUCAAGGUCUGGGUUCUCACUGGGGACAAGAUGGAAACAGCAGCUGCCACCUGCUAUGCCUGCAAGCUGUUUAGGAGGAACACACAGCUGCUUGAACUCACCACGAAGAAAAUUGAGGAGCAGAGUCUACACGACGUCCUGUUUGAGCUGAGCAAGACUGUCCUGCGCCAUAGCGGGAGCUUGACAAGGGACAACUUCUCAGGACUGUCUGCAGACAUGCAAGACUAUGGCUUGAUCAUUGAUGGAGCUGCGCUGUCUCUGAUCAUGAAGCCCCGAGAGGACGGAAGCUGUGGCAACUACCGAGAGCUGUUCCUGGAGAUCUGCCGAAACUGCAGCGCUGUGCUCUGCUGCCGCAUGGCACCCCUGCAGAAGGCUCAGAUUGUUAAAUUAAUCAAACUUUCAAAGGAGCACCCCAUCACGUUAGCCAUUGGUGAUGGCGCCAACGACGUCAGCAUGAUCCUGGAGGCGCACGUUGGCAUUGGUGUCAUUGGGAAGGAGGGUCGUCAGGCUGCAAGGAACAGCGACUAUGCAGUCCCAAAAUUUAAGCACCUGAAGAAGAUGCUGCUUGUUCACGGACAUUUCUAUUACAUCCGGAUAUCUGAGCUCGUGCAGUACUUCUUUUAUAAGAAUGUCUGCUUCAUUUUCCCUCAGUUUUUAUACCAGUUCUUCUGUGGAUUUUCACAACAGACUUUGUACGACACUGCCUACCUGACACUGUACAACAUCAGCUUUACUUCCCUCCCGAUCCUCUUGUACAGCCUGAUGGAACAGCAUGUCAGCAUAGACACGCUCAGGAGAGACCCUUCCCUCUACAGAGAUAUUGCUAAGAACGCUCUACUCCGCUGGCGCGUGUUCAUUUACUGGACAUUCUUAGGAGUAUUUGAUGCUCUGGUAUUCUUCUUUGGUGCUUAUUUCAUGUUUGAAAACACGACGGUGACCAGCAAUGGACAGAUCUUUGGAAACUGGACGUUUGGGACGCUGGUGUUCACCGUGAUGGUAUUUACAGUGACACUGAAGCUGGCGCUCGACACGCACUACUGGACGUGGAUAAACCACUUUGUCAUCUGGGGGUCGCUGCUGUUCUACAUCGUCUUCUCCCUCCUCUGGGGAGGGAUUAUCUGGCCAUUCCUCAAUUAUCAAAGGAUGUACUAUGUGUUCAUCCAGAUGUUGUCCAGCGGCCCAGCCUGGCUGGUCAUCAUCCUCCUCAUCACUGUCAGCCUCCUUCCUGACGUUCUCAAGAAAGUCCUGUGUAGGCAGCUGUGGCCCAGCGCCACAGAGAGAGUCCAGACUAAGAACCAGUGCCUUUCUGUCGAGCAGUCCACCAUCUUUAUGCUCUCUCAGACCUCCAGCAGUCUGAGUUUCUAACGGAACAAGGUGAUGCUUUUCUGUCAUUUGGCGGUGGGGUUACAGUCACAGGAAGAGAGGGCCGCCUCCUCGCUGAGAGCCAUCCCCCUCUGCUCCCGGGCUGGCCUCUGCUGUCCCGGAUGUGCAUGUGUCAGGAGCUCCUGGGGUGACCUGGGUCUGAGGGCUGCCCAGGCUGUGGUCUGUGCUCUGUGUCCACGGGAGGGGCCAGGUCCCCACGCCCCUGGCCAGCACUUAGGGCUGCACACUGGCCAGUGGCUACCAGCGGCCCUUGCACACAGGUGUGGGUGCGGCCCCUCCUAAGUUGCUUGAGCCUACGUGAGCCGAGUCCCCUCAGCACCACACCCUCUCUGCAGCCCGUGGCGCGUGGACAGCAGGACCUCCUCACUCAUGCACCCAUUCCACGGACAGGGAGACUGAGGCCCUCCAGAGGGCCUUGCAGAAAAGAGAGGGCUCGGGCUGAGCCACUCCGACCAGGGACAGAGACAGAGAGAUGUGUUUGGGCCAAGUAGUUUUUCGAAUUCUCUUUUAACUUUUUUUAAAAAAAAUCUGUUUUAAGGAAAAGCCUCUACUCUGCUGUACACGGUAGUGUUGGCUUAUUUCUUAGCAGCACGGGGCCACGUCCGGGGCCACGUCUGUGGCAGCUGCUGGGACCCAGUGUGCCCACGAGUAGCCAAGAUUGUAGGGACACAUCUGCCCAGGGAUGGCUUUGUCCGUUUCUCGUCUGUUUGUCCAUGUGUCUGAAUGCCACAUUCAUGGAGGCUUCAUAUCAGAGAUGCUUUGAAAAUAUGUGUUUCCUGGUGCAGCUGAGUUCAUUGGAAAAUAUCCCAGUAAGAAAAGGGGUUUUAUUUAAAUGACUGUUCAUCCUCAAGUUCAAAUACUGUUUUUUUAACUAACAGGAUGGUACAUUUUUUAACUUCUGGUAAUUAUCAACAAUCAAAAUUUUUCUACUCUGGUGCCAUCAGAACUUGCUAGAAUAAAUGACAUGAUUCCAUCUCACUACGUACAUACUUGGAAACAUUUGGGAUGCACGUAUUAGACGGAGCACCAUAAGUCAUAGGAUGUGCUUAUGAGAUGGAUUAAAUCUUGCCAACUCUGGGCUAGAAAUACAUAAUUGCCCUGUUGACGGAUGAGGUUUGCUACGAGUUGCUCUCACAGCCGCCUCUGGCUGCUUGGGGCAGGCUGGUGCUGGGUGGCUGCAGCAUCCAGGGCCACACCUGCACCAGCCAGAGCGCGUGGUAUGCACACGGGCGGGCGCUUGUGCUUCUGGGAGCCCACCCAGACACCUGCAAAGCUUUGGAGGAAUAGACCUGGACCAGUCUUCCUUUAUGUGGAUGGCAUUUCCUUCCACCUGUUCUGCUAAAAUCAAAAACGUCACAGGCACCACAGGUUCUAUGUGUAUGCCUACGUAACCUACGUGUACGUAUUUAUACACGCAAUCAGCUGGGUUAGCCCAUGCCCCGAUUAGUUCAUCCUUCCCCUUGUCAGGAGACAUCCUGCAUCUCACACUUCAUACUUCUUCACCUCUUAAAAUUCCCUUCUUCCUGGUGACCGAGACCCUAAUACGUUUGGCUAGAAAGCCAGCAUUGGGAUGCCUGGCCGCAUUGACCUGAGGCACUGUGACACCCACACCCCUCGGGGGUCUAGCCUUGGGUGGGACUCAUGUGUCCAACAGGAGUCGGGGCGACGGACGGGGGCAGAGGGGCAGGCAGGUGCGGUUCCUCCCCCGGGGGUAAGCACUGAGGAAGCUGCGUGGGAGCAGCCAGUCUGGCCCUUCCUGCUGAGCUGCCCAUGGGCCCUCAGCCCACUGCCCGGGCCUGCCCUGUUCUCCUCCCUGUGACCUGUCCUGACCCUCGGUCUUUGUCACGUGAAGGGCAGUUAGGAAGACCAGCUCCUUCCCUGGCAGCGCCCACAUGGAGAGCCUGUGCCCAUCCUACUGCCCCCAGCUCACAUGGACGUCCAGGGGACACGCACUGCUGGCUCAGGCCCCGUGCCCGGCUGUGAGGCAGGGUCGCACUCUCCAACGGGAAGUGCUUUUGGGGCCAGGCGCAGCCCCUCUCAGUAUUUUUCCUCACCUUGCAGCAGAGCACGAAACUCAAAGCAUCGGUCGCUGCUGCGCCGAGCAUGGACGGGCCACUUCUGAAGGACCUCUUGCCGCGGCCGAGGCGCCAUUAGCCAAGGAUAGGUAACAGUGUCUGCCACACUGCUGGCAGGCCUCCUGGGUGUGCUGUGAUCCUUCCAAACUGUCCAUUUUUCCUCCAAAGUUUUGCUGUGCUGUGCCAUUUUGGUAACAAAGGUUCAUGAUGAAAAACAAACACUUUUUACGCACACAUGUGUAUUUCUCCCAGGUAAGUGACCUGAGCAUGGCUGGGCUGCAUGUGGCUGUGUACAGGAUGCACAUACUCACGUGUGCCAUGGCCAGCGUCUUUCCACAUGCAUUUAUGGGAGGCCACUCACCCUGUGUGCCCUGUGAUUAGUCUGUAGAACAAAGCUCAUUUCUCGGCUGUGGUCAUGGAAGGAGCUUCCUCUUAAAGGUGUAUCAGGAAAGACCAAAUUGUGAAAAAACAGUGGGAUAUUGCAUAAUUCACAUUGAAUACACCCAGGCAGACGUCUGGCCCAGGUCCUCUGUUGUCCAUCAGCCGACACGUGGAGCUGUGUCUGCCCCCAGAAAGGCGUGGAAAUGCAGCCACAUGCACGAAGCACCCUGAGCUGGGCUUCAAGGCACGACAGGCACACCUGCCUUCUUAUCCAGGAGCAGGUGUGCCUGAGGAUGGUAAUCCCUGGAAGACCAAUUUCUCCUGCACUGCUGCCCCCAUCCCUGCUGCCUGCUGAAUUUAACAAUGUCUAGGCGAGGUGGCUGGCUUCCUUGGGCCCUGAGAACCCACACAGACCAUGUUUGUGUGCGUGGAGGGGACCCUGGGCCCCAGUCUCUGUCCCUCUGGCACAGGCUUUACAGUGACUCACCUCGGGUGUACCUGACGGUGGAGCCAACCAAGCAAGGUAGCUGUUUGUAGCCAGAACACGGUCAGCACGCUGGUUCCAUAUUCUCAGUCACAUAUGGGUCACACAAGCCCGGCCUGUGUCUGGAAUGGGAGUCCCCACAGGCAGCGUCAGAGCAGGCUAGGCAGGGUUCCUGGUAGGGGGACAGGGUCCUGGGACUGACGCUAUCCUUUCUGUUCUCCAACAGAGCACAUGCAUGUGCGGCCACGACCACCUCCCAGAACUCACCCUCCUGGCCUGUCCACAGAGCCCCAGCCCCUGGGCCAUGUUCCAGGCCCGCACACAAAACAGGUGACGCUGACGUGGCCUCCCUCAAGGGUCUCCUGCACAGCCAUCACCUCCCAGUCCUGCGCCCCACAGGCACUGCUGGCGGACGGGCCACCGGUCCAAGCCUCUGAGAGCCGCACACGUGUACUUCUCCACACCCCCCGGGGAGGCACAAGAACAACCGGACUUGUCUGGAGCACAUGGCUGGUGCGCCGCCUCUCCUGGGUCUGGGGGCCCCACACGGCCUCCCUCGGGCUUCAGUUGGGCUGCAAGGAAGGGCGCACACAGCCCGGGGCAUCCCGGGCCAAGGCCUCUAGUCUCAGGUGCCACCAGAGGAGGACACCGUGUGGUGGUGACCAUCACCCUGAGCAGGGCUAGCCGCACCACCAUCAAUCCUGAGCACAGCGGCCCAGUCCUCACUGUGGGACAUGCUGGCCGGGCCUCUGUGCUUCUUCAUCUGCAGCACUCCGGUCCUCGUGCUCCUGGAGCUGGCCAGACUGGAACCUGGCGUCACCUGUUCCCACAGCCUGUCCACAUCCUGGACUGUCCUGCUUCUGUCCCAGCCUGCUACCUAGUGAAGCUGCUUGUCGGGAUCUGUCUGAGGGGGAGUUUGCCUCUCCAAGGGAGCUAGCAUCCCCUGUGCGGAUCUCUGAGUGUUUCCCGUGCCCUGGCCUGUGGAGAAGAAAGUAUUGUGCAUGAACGAUCGGCGGCUCUGUCCACUGAAGCCUUCCCAGGACACAUUCAGAGGUAGUUUUCCUCAUGCCCCACAAGUAGAACCUCCCCGCAUUCUCUUGUCGGGGCGCUUGUCUCACCGGUUCCAGGGGAAGGCUGCUGGCCGGGCUGUGCCGAUCAGGCCCCUUCAAGGUCCUCAUCGACAGGGGCCCCCAGGGACCGCAUCCAUCUCCCAGAAUCUGUUUCAGGCCGACACAGGUCUAAAGGUGAGGCAGCAUCUGCAUCCCAAAAGCAGGAUGGCCGCCCUGGACCAGACCUUGCAUUGUGUGUCAGAUCUCUGCCAUGUUGCGAUGGGCUGUCCAGGGGUCAGGUGGGGUGGGCAGACGUUCAGAAGGCUGCCGUGCUGAUAGUCCCCAUCCCUUCUCUGGACCGCUCUUUGCUUCUAGAAAUAACUCUUUGAUGUAGCCUUAAUGGUCCACAAAGACAUUUCAGUCAGAUUCAAAGUUUGGAUGUUGAAAUAGAUGCCUUUUUAGAAAAGCAUCACCCAGAAGCUCAACUACAAGCAGGCCCCUUGCCCACUGCUGGGUUCCAGGCCACUGCUGGGACCGGGGAUGCUGGUGCGUGGACACGGAGUUGUCUUCAGAGUCGCUAGGUGCCAGGCAUUUUUGAAAGUCCAGAUUUCACAGCUUGAUUGUAUCAUGUUUUGCCUAUAAAAUAUUUAUUUGAACUGGGGGAUGAAUUAACUGUGUACACAGAGUAAUUGGGAUGAGUUCAGGUGAAGUAGAAACAGCAUACCAAAGACCAGGAGAAAGGACGAAGAGCGCCGGGGUCUCCGUCCAGUCCGUCCUGCGUCCCCCGCGUCCCCACGUCCUAUGUGUGGUGGCGCCCCGGACGUCCCGUCCGCGCUAGACCCUGCGAACAAUGCUGUGUGUGUUUUUACAGCCGUUUUUAAGAACCUAAUAUGGGUAUACAUGUAAUACCUGUAGGGGGACAGAUUCUCUGUAUGUUUAGUUAACAAAUUCUUUGUAAUGUAUUUUUUUAGAAAUCUUAAAAUUGCCUUUGCACUGAAGUAUUUUCAUAGCUGUUUCUAUCUCUUGAUUCAUUUAUUUGUUAACAUAACACAUCUGAUUUUUAAAGUAUUUUUUAAAGCUUUUAUUUUUUAAGUUGACAAACUUUUGGCCACUUUGCAUUUAAAUUCUGGUGGGAGUUCCAGCGGAAUGUCUCCAUAUCCAAUGAAUGUGAAGUCUCAGAUUUGAUUUUGUUCUCCCUGUUUGUGUUUGGUGCUCCCAGCAGCAGUGAUUCAUUGAAGGCAUAUUUAGAGCACAAUAUUUUGCUUGCUUGCUCUUCAUAGUUGAUUGCAGAUUUCAUCUGCUUUUUUGUGUGUUUUUUUUUUUUUAUUUCCAUCCUUCGGCCUUAAAAUAGAAGCUUCUCGAUGGAUGGUUUGGUAUCCUCUCUCCCCUGGGCUGAGACAGUCGCUACUUAACCUCUGAGAGUGUGCAUCUCAUUGUGGAAGUCACUAACCCCUUACACGCUCCAGAUGGCUUUCACCAGAUUGUUUGGGAAAUGCCCUGAGACUGCACCCGGUCCCUGGACAUGGACAGCGGGCGGGAGGCAGAGCAGAAGAGCCGCUGGGAUGGAUGUGUGCAUAGGACCCGGUGCCACCUCUCAUCUCCACUAGUUCCUAUUUACUUGCCUUAAAAUGACCUUCAAGCAAGUCCUGUCAACUUUAAACAUUUUUCUUAGUUUUGGAAAUCUUGUUCAGGACUGCCCGCGUUAAUGAACUCCCACACUGGCCCCAACUUCUGGUUCCGAACUGGCACACCAUCCAUCCCCUUCAGAGCAGGUCACCAAUAAAGCACAGGUGGUCCUGACCGGGUCCUCGUCUCCUGCUUUCAGCAACAUGUCCACUCAGGGCCACACACGUGCACGUGUACAAGCUCGCACGCACGUGCACACACACACACACAGUGCGCACAUGCUCCCUGGGCUCCAAGCAUCCUGCCUCCUUCCUAAGGGGACCCUGCCAGGAGCUCCAUGAACACAAGGCUCCUUGGACCUCGGGCCCAGGGCGUGCAAGGGGGCUAUGGAUGGACGAUGCUGCAGGGCCGCUGCCUAACAAGCGCCGCCUCCUCAGGGAGGCCUCCCAGCUGACGCCUCCCACAGCUCCGCCCAUAGGACAGGUGACAGAGAGCAGUGUCUGGACCUCCGAGCUGCGGGGCCUCUGCCUGCACCUGGGAGCCUUGGCUGGCCCUCUGCCACGGACAGCUGGGGGAAAAGACAUCCUCCCCUUGGCAACUCCGGUUAGAACCCACAUCAGCCAGUCCCAUGCGUUUGACUCUGUAGGGUGAACACAGACCAGACACGACCCCCAUGGGGGCGGUGGCUGCCCGAGGAAAGGAGGCCCACACGCCCGGCUUCUGCAUUGGCGAGUUUAUAGAAUUGUUUGGCCUGGUGAGAUUUUGCAGCUUCAAGUACAGAAAUGCCUCCUACAUGCUGUUCUAAUUAGCCUCAAAUUGUUGCACAUCAAGUGUCCCGUGCAGCCUAAAGCGAGUUUUCCAGCCUUUUUCUUUAAAAGCAGGAAGUUUGUCCGUGUUGCACUGACUGGUAAUAAUCUAAUGCAACUCCUCCUACUUUACUUUGAAAUCCACAUUAUUCAUGUAACAGCUCUGGGUCAUAUUUCGGUGUGUGGUUUCCUGCCUUCUACAUUUCUUUUGGAAACUUCCCAUUUAAAAACAGGAAAAAUGUCAGUUGGCAAAUGCAUUUUUUUUUUUUAAGUUAGAGGGUUAGGUGAAUGGGAGUGAGAAUCAUUCUGAUAUUGUCUAUAAACAAAGCUUUAACGAUGAUGCAUUGGAAGUAUUAAAGUGUGAUUCUACUUUUGCAGAAAAAAUCUAAAGAUCAGUUUAUAUAGCUUUAUUUUUUAUCUUCUCGAAGUAUACAGAAUUUUAAUAUAUAUUGUCUCUGACUUAAAAUUAUGAUGUGCAUUGCCAUUUAAAAUGUCCAUUCAUUAUGUAAUGCAAUAAAAGAGAAUCUUCAAAAUGUAUUUAACAUGAAUGGUAUCUAUAGUUGUCAUCAUCAUAAAUACUGGAAUUUAUUUUUAAUUAUGAAAUAUAUUAGGUGCAGUUAAGAUAAUAAAUCAGUCUCCAGGUAGUAAUGUUUGAUUGAUAAUAAUUCAUUAACCCACUUUAAAUUGUGAUUAAACCAAAUCUUACAUUUCUGUAAAGUUUAUUUUGUAUGCUCCUGGUUUUAACUUUUAUUUCUGUAGAUAAUAUCGAUGAUAAUUAUAUCAGACUUUUCUGCAGAUUAUUUAAGCAGGAAACUUGAAUCUGCUUGCAAUAAAGAUGAAAGAAAUGU